CCCGCCCCGUCCCUCCUCUUUCCUCCGAGGAAACUUUCCGCCCGCUGGUCCAUCGGCCCGUGUCCCGCCGCGCCUCCGCCGCAAACCGAGCUGGGCGGACAGGCUGGCCGGGAUCGGACGGGGCGGGAGCGGUCGGGUCCCGGGUGUAUGCGGCCGCCGAGACCGACCCGCCGGGGCCGGGCAGCUGGGCGCUGACGGGUGGAAGCCGAGGCCGCUCCUCCAGGAGCUGGAGCUGCGGGAGGAGCGAGCGCGCCAGGGCCGGCGGGACCUGACCUGGCUGACCUCGCAGGGGGGAAAGCUGCGCCCCAGCAGCAUGGAUGCCCCGCGAAGGGACAUGGAGCUUCUCAGUAACAGCCUAGCGGCCUACGCACACAUCCGCGCCAACCCCGAGAGCUUCGGCCUGUACUUCGUGCUGGGUGUCUGCUUCGGCCUGCUGCUGACCCUGUGCCUGCUGGUCAUCAGCAUCUCCUGUGCGCCCCGCUCGCGGCCCCGAGGUCCUGCUCCACGCCGGGACCCUCGCAGCAGCACCCUAGAGCCUGAGGACGAGGACGAGGACGAAGAAGAGGACACAGUGACGAGGCUGGGCCCUGACGACACGUUGCCAGGCCAGGAGCUGUCCACAGAGCCCGACGGGCCCCUCAGCGUCAACGUCUUCACAUCGGCAGAGGAGCUGGAGAGGGCACAGCGGCUGGAGGAGCGUGAACGCAUUCUGCGUGAGAUCUGGCGCACCGGGCAGCCAGACCUGCUGGGCACUGGCACACUGGGACCCGGCCCCACAGCCACGGGCACGUUGGGCCGCAUGCACUAUUACUAACGCCCAGCUCCUCUGCAAGGGGCUGAGUGCUGAACAUGGAACUGGACCCAGAGCUGCCUCAGGACUUGCCUCUGCCUUGGCGCUCCCCUGGUGCUAUUGGGCAUGGAUCUUCUGAGAAGCCCUCUUCCCAGGGCAAGCGUGGGUGGGAAGAGGAUAUCAGACCCCCUCCUUCUUCCCCUGGUAAUGAUGAAUAACCAAUGAAAGCUAGUUUGAGUAA